AUGGUGACUUUUAGGAACGUGGCUCUCUUUGUGUUGGGCAUCUCUUUCAUGGUCUUUGUCGCCUUCUUCGGCCGGCUACCGGCUUUAAGGCACACCCCUAUCGCAACGCUGCAUAGAGUCAUGUGGAUCCAUAUCCCGAACGGCUUCCUAGCUGUAGACAGACUUCUGACUGGAGGAAGGUUCUCAACCUCCAUGAUGCGCUUCGGCAACUACAUGAUGUAUGACCGGCAUCCCACUGUGGUCAUCUUCUUCCUUCUCAUCCUUUCCGUGUCGGAAUACUUAUACCUGCCUGGCGCCUGGCCCCAUCUCUCUAUCUUCCACAAAGUCACCGGCUCUAUCGCCACUGUGCUUCCAUACCUCUUUCUCUACCUCUCCGUCAUGGCCGACCCGGGCUACAUCACACCCGAGAACCACGCCUACUACAUGUCCCUCUAUCCUUACGAUUACUCCAUCUUCUUUCCUGGCCAGAUGUGUAGCACCUGUAACCUCAUCAAGCCGCCCCGCUCCAAGCACUGCAGCAUCUGCAAGCGCUGCGUCGCCAAGCUUGACCACCAUUGUAUAUUCAUCAACGGUUGUGUAGGCUACCAAAACCAACACUACUUCGUUCUGCUCUUGCUGUCCACGGCCUUUCUCACCUCGUAUGGUGCCCUACUCGGCUUCUCCCUGCUGGGUGGCAAAAUUGGCUCGCAGUAUCCAACGUGGUCGUUCUGGCUACCGAAGGGCAUGGGGCUCAAAGAGUACCUGCUCAUCUGGAGCUGGGCCCUGCAAGACAGUGUCGGUAUGGGCGCCGUCACCCUGCUCGCUGCCAUGACGUCGCCUCUGGUCUGGGGGCUACUAAGCUACACUGUCUGGCUAAUCUACUGCGGCACCACCACCAACGAAUCGCUGAAGUGGUCAGACUGGAAGGCCGAGAUGGACGAUGGCUGUGCUUUCAAGCGCAGCAUGUCCGCGAAUCGUGUAAAGGACACGCGUUUCGAGCCAAAGCGGACGCGCUGGCCUCUAGAGGCCGUGCAGGUACUGGCGAGGACCGACGACGGGAUGCCUCCCCCCGAUCACGGGCCGGGUGCGGGUGAAUGGGAGCGGGUCUGGAAUCUGAAAGACGUUGAAAAUCUGUAUGACCUGGGUCUAUGGGAUAACCUGGCAGACAUCUUCGUCUCCAACUACGACUUCAAUGUCAAGCGCGAUCAGCCGCCCGUGGAAAAUCCCGGACGACAGAGGCACGCAUCUAAAUCUUGA